UGCGAAUAGGAUGAAAAACAUGUUGUUUGGAGUUUGAGGUUGUGUCUUCUGCUGCAGGCAGAUUUUCUGCCUGUGUGAUUUUGCUUGAAGAUGGCAUUGAUCGCCGUUGAAGGCCUGCGCGUUGUUGUCAAUUGUUCAAGACGGUUUUCCAUUUCGAGCGUUCAGAGAGACUUGGAUACACAAGGGAGGUUUUUGAAGAGAUUGUUGUCUGAGAAGUUGGAGAGAAAAAUUCAAGAUGCUCCUCAAGCAAAAAGCACUUUCAAACUGUUGGAUAAGAAAAGAUCAGCUGUCCUCAGUAAUUUGUACAUGCAAAAUGUGUCACAGAUUUUGGCCUUUGGAGGCUUUAGAGAACUAGAGGGCAAAGGAAUUCAACUGACUCACGUAGCAGUGAAGAAUACUGGAUUCGUUGAGGUAUUUUGGACUGCUAGUGAAAAUGAAGACCCCCUGCAGAUCGAAGACAUUCUUUCUAGCAUUUCUAGUAAAGUUCGGAAUCAGCUCAUGUAUGGGUCCAUGCUGGGUAACGUGCCACAUAUAAUUUUCAAAAGAGAUUUAUCAGCUGUAAAUAUGAAUGACACAAUGCAAGUAUUGCAUAAAAUUUCCUUGGAGAUGGAAGCAAUGAAAAAGAAUGCCAAGAGUGCCAAUCUUUCAUUAGAAUCUACAGAUGCAGAAAUUGAACCAGUAGCUCCCUUAAUGCGCAUGGAUGCUUUGGGCUUGCCACAUGAUAAAAUUUACAGGAGAAUAAAGGAAGCUAAAAAGCACUCAUAUCCACUACAAGUACCAGAACCACCUACACCUGAAGAGUUCAACAACCUCGUUCAACCUGACAUGGGAUCCAAAGCUCUGUCACCUGAUGAUCAAAUCCGUAAAAGGAAAGAGCUGCGAAAGUUUAUUACACUGUAUCAAAAGUCAACCCUAAACAGUAGUACUCGUAAAAAGAACUUACAAGAUCGGAGUAAUAACAUUUUCUACUACGAAGAUACUGAAAAUGAUGAAAGUGAAGAAUAUGUCAGAUAAAACAAUGCUUUGUUGUACGUAUUAUGUAAUUAAGUUAUUUUAUUGACUGUUAUGACUAAUUGAUCAUUUUGAUGAGGGACAAAUAAUUUGAACUCUACAAUUUUAACAAUGAGUGGUCUCAAUAUAUGUAUUUGUUCAUUCACAAGAAUAUGUUAAAUAUAUAUACUAUAUAUAUACAGCCAA